UUUCGGUUACUAUCACUUUGUUGCAUAUGGAGAAAGUUGGAAAGAUUGCUGAAGUAUUUUACUAGUAUUUAUCAACUGCAGACGAAACCAAAGAGUAGCAAUAAAUUCCACAAAAUAUUAGACCGAUUCCUUAGCAAUUCCCCCCUCGCGGGGCCGUCCCUCAUUGUUAGUUUAGUUUGGACUAUCACAACUUCCGGUAUGGAUCGCUUAGUUAGUCCAAUACUUCCGCCAUUUCUUCGUUAGUUUCUAUUUUGUUUUAUUCCUUUCCUAAUUAUUAAUUAAUUUUGUGUUUUUCUUAAUUAUUAAUUAAUUUCGUCAAUGAUUUAAUAAGGAAACAAAGUAGAAGACAUAUCGUUGUCGGUUGUCUUAAAAAUAGAGACAAUAUCCGAGUCCUGUCGGGAAAGAAAUCAUAAGAAAUUCUUGAUGGAUCUUUGAUGAUAUUUCUUUGGGGAAUAUUCUAGAAGAAAUAACCGAGGAGUCCAACAGAAAAUGAAAACAGAAAAGAAGAAAAAACUAUUCAACUGUGAAUACUGCUGUAAAGAAUUUCUUUACAACAGUGAUUUGAUACGUCACAGCCGAACGCACACGGGAGAGAAACCUUACCACUGUGGUGUUUGUGGAAAAUCUUUUGCUUUCAGCAGUGGGUUUUAUAGUCACCAAAGAACACAUUUGGGAGACAAACCGUACCAUUGCGAACUUUGUGAUAAGAAGUUUGCUCAAAAGAGUGGAUUGAACCGGCAUAAACUGCGACAUACAAACAAAAAGACGUAUCACUGUGAAACUUGUGGAAAUACGUUCUAUGAAAAAUAUGCUUUAGCUCGUCACCAACAAAUACACACAGAAAAUAAACCGUAUCAAUGCGAAGUUUGUGGUCGAUCGUUUUUUCAAAACAAUGACUUAGCAACGCAUAUAAAAACACACACUGGAGAAAAACCAUUCAGUUGUAAUAUUUGUGGUAAAAAGUUUUCUCGGAGCACACAUUUACCAAGUCACUUGAGACUGCACACAGGUGAGAAACCAUAUCGCUGUGAGACUUGUGGCAAAACUUUUGCCCAAAGUAGCCAUUUAUAUACUCAUAAAGUACUCCAUACAGGAGAGAAGAGAUAUCGUUGUGAUGUUUGUGGGAAGACCUUUGCCCAACGAGCCCACCUAACUGGCCACACGCAACUGCAUGGCGGCGAUCAGCCUUAUAAAUGUGAUAUAUGUGGUAAAGGAUUUGCUUUCAAUUGUAAUCUAAAUGAUCACAAACUUAUUCAUAGCGGAGAGAAACCACAUCGAUGUGAUGUUUGUGAAAAAGCAUUUACUGAUAGAAGUACUCUUGCCAAACACAGACGAACUCAUAUUCCUGAUGUGGUCUAUGAGUGAGCUUUGCUUGCUUUCUACACAUGCAAUGAUUGGUUAUUAUAUAGCUGGGGUUCAAUCAGAUUUAUUUUAUUGAUAAAUUAAUAAAUCAUUUUUUAGAGAUAA